AUGACUGCGGAGGUAGAUAACGAAUUGUUCGCAGAAUUCGAGGACGGUGAGAACAAAAUCGUCGCGAGACGUCAAAGCGGCAGCGACGUUCAGUCUACGGUGCCAGAGACAUCCGGUCAGUCGGCCACGAAGUCUGGAUAUCCAUCGGAAACCGGCGGCAGCUCCUCCGGUUAUCCAGCUGGAAGCGGUUAUCCGUCGAGUUCUGGUUAUCCGUCGAGAAGCUCCGGUUAUCCUAGUUCUUCUGGUUAUCCAUCAGGAGAUACUUCUGAUCAGGCGUCGAGAACCUCCGGAUAUCCAUCGAGCAGCGGGUAUCCGUCGAGCAGAUCAUCUGGAUAUCCAUCAAGCAGUUCCGGAUAUCCAUCGAAUUCGGGAUACCCAUCAAGCAGUUCGUCCGGAUAUCCAUCGAAUUCGGGAUAUCCAUCGAGCAGCUCUUCCGGCUAUCCGACAAAUUCCGGCUACCCGACAAAUUCCGGAUAUCCCCGUAGCAGUUCCGGUUAUCCGGACAGCUCUUAUCCUUCGUCGAGAUCUCGUGGAUAUCCAUCGAGCUCUGGUUAUCCGUCAGCAAACGAGGAGAGCGUUAAACGAGUGGACGCUAAUUCAGUGAACGCUGCGUAUCCUAGUCAGUCUUCGCAGAGUGGAUACCCGUCGCAAUCCGGAUAUCCUCAACAAAACACUGGAUAUAACCAAGGACGAUACCCUCAGGGGUAUCCCCAAGGAUAUCCUCCCCAAGGAUAUCCUCAAGGCUAUCCUCAAGGCUAUCCUCAAGGGUAUCCUCAAGGAGGGUAUCCUCAAGGGUAUCCUCAAGGAGGGUAUCCUCAAGGAGGGUAUCCUCAAGGAGGAUAUCCCCAAGGAUAUCCAGGAGGUUAUUAUCCCCCUCCCACUACUAGAAAACCGAAUUUCAGCGAUCAGCUGACCAGUCUUGCUAAAGAUUUCACCACGAAAGUUCUGACUCAAGCUAUUUUGGAUAAAGUCACUGGGAAACAUUGAUCUUAUUUGAACGAGAGACGUUAGUGUAUUGUAGGAUUAAUUCACGUGACUUAUUUCAAUUAUUUUGUAUGCUUCUCUGCGUUGCUUGUAAUUCUAUAGAAUUAAUUUAUAGUUUGGGCAAUGUAUCUUUGAUGAUAGAAUGCUUCACCGUUGAUGAACGAUCUUAUUUAAUUCACUAGGAUGCAAUUUAUUAUUAGGGGA